UCGGAAUGUCGCUGAUAACCUAGACACAAAAUUUCUUCUCUUUCUCUCUCUCUCUCUCUCUCUGAACUGGUCCUUUUGGAACAACCAACUGCCAUCGAUUGGAGUUACAGGAGAUUCGUUUUAUGGUAUUGAGUUCUAAUUACUAUGAAGGGAGUGAAAAUACCGGACUGGCUUAAAGGGUUGCCUGUAGCACCGGAAUUUCACCCAACGGACACUGAAUUCGCAGACCCAAUUGCUUAUAUAUCAAAAAUUGAGAAAGAAGCUAGUGCCUUUGGUAUAUGCAAAAUCAUUCCACCAUUCCCAAGACCUUCAAGGAAGUAUGUCAUUGCUAACUUAAACAAGUCACUUUCAAAGUCUCCGGAAUUGGGUCCUGAUGUUAAUUUGACUAGAUUGCAAUCUUCUAUGAAAUCGGAUUCUGUAACUAAUACAAAUGAAGGAGAAAACAGGGCAGUGUUUACUACAAGGCAACAAGAGCUGGGGCAAGAUAGUAGAGUUCUUAAGGGAGGAACUAUUCAGCCUCAAUUUUUGGCUCACAAGCAAGUAUGGCAAAGUGGGGAAGUUUAUACACUGGACCAAUUUGAAUCCAAAUCAAAAGCUUUUGCUAAGAGCCAAAUGGGUACUUCCAAGGAAGUUUCUCCAUUGGUUGCAGAGGUGAAGUUCUGGAAUGCAACUUUAGAGAAACCUAUAUACAUAGACUAUGCUAAUGAUGUUCCUGGCUCUGGAUUUGGAGAUCCUGAUGGAUCAUUUAAGUUUUUCCAAAGGAGGAGGAGAAGGAGAAGGAAGAUCUUCAAGGACAGUACACAUGGAAUAGACACCAAUAAUUACAAAGCAGAUACCAUUCUUGAGCAGGACACAUCAGAUCAGAUAACGGGUAGCUCACCAAUUCUGAUACCAGAAGUGCUACCGGAAGCUUCUGGUUGUAAGCUUUCAAACAGUCCCUGGAAUUUACAAGUGAUUGCAAGGUCUCAUGGUUCACUUACUCGUUUCAUGCCUGAUGACAUUCCUGGUGUUACUUCACCCAUGGUUUAUAUUGGCAUGCUGUUCAGUUGGUUUGCUUGGCAUGUUGAAGAUCAUGAACUACAUAGCUUAAAUUUUCUCCACACUGGAUCUCCAAAAACAUGGUAUGCUGUGCCAGCAGAUUAUGCACUUGCUUUCGAGGAAGUCAUUCGCACCAAAGCAUAUGGAGGGAAUAUAGACCAAUUAACUGCUCUGUUGCACUUGGGCGAAAAGACUACUGUUUUAUCUCCUGAAGUUGUUGUUGCAUCUGGCAUUCCAUGUUGCAGGCUGGUACAAUAUCCUGGGGAGUUUGUUGUGACAUUUCCAAGGGCUUAUCACAUUGGCUUCAGCCAUGGUUUUAAUUGUGGAGAAGCUGCAAAUUUUGGAACUCCAAAGUGGCUCAAUUUGGCAAAGGAGGCUGCAGUGCGGAGAGCUGCUAUGAAUUUUCUUCCUAUGCUUUCACAUCAGCAACUGUUGUACCUUUUGACAAUGUCGUUCGUUUCUAGAGUUCCGACAUCCUUAUUAGUACCAUGGGGGCGGAGAUCCCGUUUGAAAGAUCGUCUAAAAGAUGAAAGAGAGCUACUGGUGAAGAGAGCUUUUCUGGAUGACAUAAUGAGUGAAAAUAACUUGCUUAAUGCCCUUCUUGGGAAGGAUUCCUCCCAUCAUGUUGUAUUAUGGUGUGCUGAUUUGCUGCCAUCCCUGAAAAGGGAAACUGUGGAGAACAGUAUUAGCGACGGAUCAACUCUUCCCUCAGACAAUAUCCAUGCUGAUGGUGAUUUGCUUACUGAGAUGAACUUAUGCAUGCAAAAUCUUGAUGAACUGUGUGCAUACGAUGGUGAUCUGUCGGGUGAUUUUCAAGUUGAUUCUGGUCCAUUAGCAUGUACAGGCUGUGGCGUUCUUGGGUUUCCAUUUAUGUGUAUGAUCCAACCAUCGGAGAUAACAUCAAAGAAACUGUUGGAAGAGCUGGGAAUAUCAAAACUAGAGAAUCGUGAUGAAUCAGACAAAGUGGCAAAUCCUCUAAAGGCUGAAAAUUCUGCCAAAACUUCUAGAAGUUCAUUAUUGGUUGAUUCAAAGGAGGACAGUGGCAUUUCUUCUGGAUCAAAUUAUAAGAAGAAAUGGAACACUUGUAGUAGAUUUUUCAGACCACGUUUCUUAUGCUUGGAGCAUGCUGUACAAGUUCAGGAGCUGUUGCAUUCGAAAGGUGGAACAAAUAUCCUAGUCACUUGUCACUCAGACUUCCAAAAGAUGAAGGCGCAUGCUGUGGUCAUUGCUGAGGAAACUGGUACGCCAUUUGAUUAUAGUGAGGUUCGGUUUGAUAAUGCAUCCAAGGAUGAAUUAAACUUAAUCGAUCUUGCGAUGAAUGGUGAACAAAUGGCUAAUGUUGAAGAAGAAGAUUGGACAUGUAGCCUUGGUAUUAAUUUGCAAUACUAUGUGGUCAAUAAGAGAAAAGAUUCUUCUUCAUCUAAGCAAGUAAAAAAUGUGUUGAAGUUGGAUGCGUUGUUUGGUCAAAGAAACUCCAAUUCAAUAGAUUUCAACCUCAAAUGGCCAUCUAGAAAGUCCCGAUCAAACCGAAGUCACCUAAAUCAUCCAGUCAUGUCUAAAACAAGCAAUGACAUUCUUCUAGAUGUUGGAAAUCAGAUGGAAACGACCUGUUUGGCCAAUGAAGCUUCUGAAAAAAAUAUUGUUGCAAAAUCAGAUGAUGGUAAGAAACUUAUACAGUAUUCACGGAGAAGCAAAAAUGUGAAGAACCUGAUCACAGUGGUGAAACAGAAUGAUGCAACAAUUAGUAACACAGACCAGAACACUGAAAAUGUGAUAGCUCCAACUGAUGAAUCUCCUUCAAUGGAUCCUAGAAGAAAGAAAGAGAUAGAAAUGCGAAUUGACGAGAGAUGUGAUUUCUUUAUCAGGAGUCCAUGUGAAGGUCUGAGGCCGAGGGCAAAGAAGGAAACAAUUAAUAACGACAAUGAUGAUAAUGAUAAUAAACAAACCCCUGCAAAAAGGACAAAGAGGGCUUGUGGUGAUAGUAAUAACAAUAGGUGUGAUCUGGAAGGGUGUAGAAUGAGUUUCAAGACGAAGGAGGAACUUGUAAUGCAUAAAGACAAUAUUUGUGUAUACAAAGGUUGCAAAAAGAAAUUCAGCUGUCAUAAAAACACAGUUAAUCAUCAGCGGGUGCAUGAAAAUGAUAGGCCACUCAAAUGCCCAUGGAAGGGUUGCAAAAUGACUUUCAAAUGGGCUUGGGCUAGGACAGAGCAUUUACGAGUUCAUACUGGUGAGCGUCCGUAUAAGUGUAUAGUUGAAGGGUGUGGGCUUACCUUCAGAUAUAUAUCGGAUUUUAGCAGGCAUAGAAGGAAGAAUGGACAUUAUGUUCAUUAAUUAAAGAUGUUUUUACCUUGAUUAGGUGCUUGUUCUCAUGAUGUUUAUAGUUCAUGUAGAGUAUUCAUCUAGGGUGGAAAGUUAGCACCAAAACUGUGUAUUUGAUUUUAGGGUUUCUUUUCUGGUUCAUGUUAAUUGUUAGGGGUAGACUUACCCUUCUUGUAGUAGGAUAAGGAGAAAAGUAUUCUUGUUAAGUCUUUGUCUGGUUGGAUGGUUAGGACCCGGAACCUCUUUUUCGGUUUUCUUUUUUUCUGAACACCUUUUUU